CUAUUGAAGAGUGUGUGUUGUGAGCACAGUAAGAUGGUGGACAGGUCAGCAAAGUUUGUUUUACUGACAUACAGCCUAACAACAUCUCAUCACACCACAGUUCACUGUUGUUCUUCUGAAGCUCAGUUGGCUGCUGAACUUUAUCCACGCUCAUUUGACACACGCCUGGCGCUGAGGCGAAGUGCACGUCUGAAAAGUCUCCUGUUUGAUGUGGAUGCUAAGAAAUACUCCAGGUUCUGCAUCUUAAUACAUGCAUUUCUCAUCAAGAAAAAGAGCAGGAUGGCCAAGCUAGCUCAGUUGUGCCCACCCCCUGGCUCCGCCCCUGUAUAUUUCACAAAUAAUUAUAAAGAACAUGAAAAUCUGAAGUAGAAAGAAUGAAAAGUAUUUUUCUUGUAAAAUAUCCAUCUCACAGUUUCAUCUCAAUCAUGCUGGAAUGUUGUAAUUGCUGUGUUGUAGUUGUUGCUAUGGUGAUGUCAGUCAGAAUGGCUCCUCCUCUUCCUGUGAUCUUUCUCCUCAUGAUUCACAAUGUUUUCAGUGAAGGUUGGGGUGUGAGUUACAGUUCUUCACACAUCUGUGCACUAAAGACCUCAUCAGUGAUAAUGAGCUGCACUUAUACAUACCCUACUGGAUAUAAGAUUGAGAAAGUGUUCUGGACCAAAAACCCCAUAAAGGGUGAAAAUCCUCCAGUUCUGUCUGAUGAUCCUGAAUACAGUCAGAGGCUUCAGUAUCUGGGAGACAAACAGCAGAACUGCACCAUCAGACUGAGUCAUGUGACACAGAACGACCAACACAUGUACUGUUUCAGAUUCAUCUCUGAUAAACCUGAUGGAAAAUGGCUUGGUGAACCAGGAGUGAAUCUCACUGUAACAGAUCUUCAGGUGGAGGCUCCUGAGAGAGUGACAGAGGGUCAUAAUGUCCGUCUGACAUGUAAAAGCAGCUGCGCUCUGACUGACAGAGCAACAUUCAUCUGGUACAGAAACUCACAGCCAUUAACUGAGAGAAGAGACAGAAACAAUCAACUCCUGCUGCAGUCAGUCAGAAGAGAGGAUGCAGGCAGAUACAGCUGUGCUCUACAUGGACACACUUACAUCUCUCCUGCUGCUCAGCUCAAUGUCACCUAUCCACCAAAAAAUGUCUCAGUGUCCAUCAGUCCAUCUGUAAUAGUGGAGGGAGAUUCAGUGACUCUGAUCUGCAGCAGUGAUUCAAACCCUCCUGCAGAAAUCAGCUGGUUUAAAGAAAGAAUGUUUGUAGAAUCUGGAAGAAUCUACAGCAUCUCAAAGAUCAGCUCUGAUCACAGUGAAGAAUACAAGUGCAAGUCCAGAAAUAAACAUGGAGAGAAAUACUCUGCUGGUGUGAAUUUAAACGUCACAUAUCCUCCCAGGAACGUCUCAGUGUCUAUAAAUGGAUCAGGUGUAAUAGUGGAGGGAGAUUCAGUGACUCUGAUCUGCAGCAGUGAUUCAAACCCUCCUGCUCUGAACUUCAGCUGGUUUAAGGAGAAUCAAAGCUCAGCUGUUGGAUCUGGACAGAGUUUCAGUGCACUACAGAGUGGACGCUUCUACUGUGAGGCUCACAAUCAACAUGGAUCUCAGAGAUCAGAAGCUGUUACUGUCACAGUUCAUCAUGGAGCUGGUAGGAAUGUGAUUGUGAUCGCAGCAACAUCUGGAGGAUUAUUCAUCACCAUCAUCAUCAUCAUCAUCAUCAUAUGGUUUAUAAUGAAACAAAGGUGUGUUAAAACUGAAGAUAACAGAGUGAAACAGAUCUCUGAUCCCGGUGAAGACACAUAUACAGCUCUUGAGCUCAAGUCCACGACCUCUGACCUCUACGACACACUCACAACCGUUCGUCCCAGACCUCCUGAAGACUCUUGAUCCUAAACAUGAGAAUCCAUCAAUCAACAGGAAGAUGAUGCAGUGAGAGGCGGAGCACAGAGGAACCAAUCCUGAGAUAUGUGGGCGGAGCCACAUUUGAUUGACAGGUGUCAUUAGUGAAGAGUUGGUGAAGACUUAUUUCUUUGUAGUUUAGGAAAGAUCAUGUACCAGUGGAACUAAAUUAAAUAUUUCAAUUAAUAAAAUUAAUGAAGGCAGUGAAUUUGCACAAUUUACAAGAUUUUAACAAAUUAUAUAUAUAUAUAUAUAUAUAUAUAUAUAUAUAUAUAUAUAUAUAUAUAUA